AUGACCAGCUCUGUCAAGAAUACUCAAGGCUUUCUGAUCCUUCAAAUUACUACAAAUAUAUGCAAAAAGCUCAUAAUAAAAGACCAAAAUUGUUCCUGUGACGCUAAUGCUAUUUUAACCACAGAUGGCUGUGACUUCUUUUGUGAGUAUUGAUGCUCAACUUGCAGAGGCCAAGAAUAUUUCUCUUGUUUAGAAUUCGUGAAAGGGAAAUUAGUAGAUAAUGCCUAUUUAUACCAAUACCUAACUAAAUUCAAAGCAUAA